CAAAUUUAUGUAUUUGAGUAAACAAUUCUAUCUCAGAAAUUGCAUCAAGCAAAUCAGUCUCAAUUCUACUUUGCGAUGAGUUUAAAAACAAAGAUUGAAAAUGAUGAAAAUUAUUUCAUUAAAAAGGCAAAGCUUGCCGAGGAAACCGACCCAUUCACAGCCAAAGCAUGGAUUCUGACGGCAAAAAGUCUAUCACCAAACAAUUUUGAUGUUCAAUUUGAAGUAUAUAAACAGGAGAAAGCGGCAAAAAACUAUGCAGAGGCUGCAAAAUGUUUCAGUUACAUUAUGUUAACAUUCCAAAAUCAACCGCCCGAGCUAUUACGCCGUGAAAUAAUUCAACUUACAACGGCAUUGCGUGCACCAGAAACCGAAAAGAAUCCGAAAAAAGAAGAAGACUUUUAUGUCGAAAUGUUUCAGCACAUAUCUCUCGAGGUUCAAAAUCGAAUUUUGCUAUCACUCAAACGCGAUUCUGACAACAGUUUGGAUUACUGUCAAUUUGUAUUGUUGCUGAUGAAAAAAUUCCCACAAAUGUUGAAUGUAAAUUUGCCACAUCUGCUUGAAGCUCUUGUUCAGAAUACAUCGUCCGGCAAUCAGAAAAAUUGCAUCAAAAUGCUGCUUUUCGAAGUGGUGCCAAUCAUCAUUCAAAAGCCACCGUCAGAUCUUUCUGCAAGUUUAGUACAUCGUAUCCUCACGCUUGGUUUGGAGUUUUAUACAUCGCAGAUCUUUUUAUUACUGCCGGCAGAGUUUAGUGACACCGUAAAUUUGACGCCACCCAUUUGUUGGUCACGCAUCUUUGAAAUAGUCGAUGUAUGCGGUCGCAUUUUGAAAUGGGAACCAUUUUUGCCGUAUAAUUCGAGCUGGAGCAAAGAUGUCUAUUGGCAAAAACUCUACCACAUAGUUUCACUGUCAUCCACACGCCCAAGCGAGAAUAAGCAAAUUUUAUUCUAUGGCACGUGUCUCUUUAUUGUGUCUCUUCAUGACUACAUAAAUAGUAUGAAACAAAAAGUCGAUGACAAUGAAAUUCGAUAUAUUUUGAUAGAGACGAUGAGAGAAGAAAAUGAACCGCCGAUUAAGCCUCCUUACCGUGAACCAAAUAUAAUAACAAAUCCAAGAUGUGACAAAGAAGUGGCCAUUCUAUUUCGUACUGCCGUUCAAUGUUGGCAACUGCUUCAAUCUAAUGAAAUCCUACAAAUUGAUUUUAAGCAGUUACUUUUAUCACUACCAUGUUCACCCUAUGUGAAUCAAUUCCUCGUUGAUUUGGCAUUCUAUCUCGGUCAGCCGGAAGAAUCUCAAACGCUUAUGAAUGAUUCAACAUUGGGCACAAGUAAUUUGGAGAAAAAUCUACGUUAUCUCAGUUUGACGUUGCAUCAACCAACAUUUCAGGUGCCAGCUUUUGAACUGAUGAUGAAAGUUUUAGCAGAUCUACCCAGCCAAACAGACAAAUAUGUGAAGAACAUAACAUCGAAUGUUGCUGGCCGGAAUAUGGUUUUUUUGCCUUUAACAAAAAGACCCAUUUUACAAUAUUGCAUCAAAAUCUUGGUGAAAACAUUAAAGGCAAAACUGGAAAAUGAAACGCAACACUAUCGUGAUUCUAAUUCUAUAUUGGGCAGCAUGUUAGUGUUGAUUCAACUGAACUAUCCGUCAGAGAUAAAAACCGCUGAAUUCAUUUUUGAACGAAUUCGUUCAAAGCAAAGCUUCAGUUUUCCGGACUUUUCUACAUACAUCAUUUGUCCGGAUUUUCUCGAAGAAUUUAUGUAUUUGUACACAAACGAGAGCUCAAAAAUUCAAUUAGAAUUAAGCCCACAAACAGCAACAGCAUUAACACGACGCAUUGGAACGCGUGGCUCUGAUCGUGGCAUCAAAGAUGAAUUCAAACAGCUGAUUCGAAAACAAAUGGCUCGCUCGAACGAAGAGAUUGAACCACUUAUUUUACAUUUCAUUACACAAGAGCGCAAUACUUUGAUGCAGUUGAUUUUCGAUAAGUAGAAUACACAUUUAGUGAUGGUAACAAAAAUGUGUUUUUUAUUUCUUAGCUUUUAAAUAAACUUU